AAAGAAGAGGAAGACUACUUACUGAGGGUAAGAACUCGAUUGCUUCAGAAGCUUCAGAAACAUUCAUUGGCACCCACCUCACCCUGCUCAACUCCACCCAGCCCCACCACCCAAUCCCCUGAAAGCAAAGCUGCCUGAGGAGAAGUGCAGCUGAGUGAGCAGGAAAAAACCUUAGAGUGAACUUGGCGUUCAGAAACUGGACACCCCGCAGUGCAAGAAAGAAGAUCUUUGUUCCCUUCUUGUUGUUCUGAAAGCCUGAGACCCAGAGUUCUAUCUCCAUCAUCACACAGGAAACUGAGAACUUCCGACUCACUCAGGACCUUGGCCUUGAAUUCAUAAAGCAUCUAAAAGCUUCAGAAACAAACACUUCGUGGACACAGUCCCCUGAAGCCAGAAGCCCGCUGCCUUUAACAGCAAACACAUACAGAAACAUUUCCCUUGACCCGUGGCAGAAGCCAGGAUGGAAACUUCAACCAGCGCAAAGGACCAUGAUAUGACCACAGAAUACGACUAUGGGGACACGACCCCUUGCCAGAAGGUUCAGGAGAGGGCCUUUGGGGCCCAGCUGCUGCCCCCCUUGUACUCGGUGGUGUUUGUCAUUGGCCUGAUCGGCAACAUCCUAGUGGUCCUGGUCCUCAUGCAAUACAAGAGGCUCAGAAGCAUGACCAGCAUCUACCUCCUCAACCUGGCCAUUUCUGACCUCAUCUUCCUCUUCACGCUGCCCUUCUGGAUCGACUACAAGGUGAAGGACGACUGGGUUUUCGGUGACGCCAUGUGUAAGUUGCUCUCUGGGUUCUAUUUCAUGGGCUUGUACAGCGAGAUCUUCUUCAUCGUCCUGCUGACCAUCGACAGGUACCUGGCCAUCGUCCAUGCCGUGUUUGCUCUGCGGGCUCGGACUGUCACCUUUGGUAUCGUCACCAGCAUUGUCGUCUGGGUCCUGGCCAUCUUGGCUUCUGUCCCAGGCUUGUACUUUUCCAAGACCCAGUGGGAGUUCACCCACUACACCUGCAGUCUUCAUUUUCCUCCUGAAAGCUUCACGAAGUGGAAGCAGUUCCAGGCUCUGAAACUGAACAUCUUGGGGCUGAUAUUGCCUCUCUUGGUCAUGAUUGUCUGCUACACGGGGAUUAUAAAGAUUCUGCUCAGAAGACCAAAUGAGAAGAAGGCCAAAGCCGUGCGUCUGAUUUUUGUCAUCAUGAUCAUCUUCUUUCUCUUCUGGACGCCCUACAAUCUGAGUGUGUUUGUUUCCGCUUUCCAAGAUUCCCUGUUCACCUAUAAGUGUGAGCAGAGCAGACAGCUGGACCUGGCCAUUCAAGUGACAGAGGUGAUCGCCUACACUCACUGCUGCGUCAACCCUGUGAUCUACGUCUUUGUCGGUGAGAGGUUCCGCAAGUAUCUGCGGCAGUUGUUCCACCGGCUGGUGGCUGUGCACCUGGCCAAGUGGCUCCCCUUCCUCUCCACAGAGAGGCUGGAGAGGGUCAGCUCCAUGUCCCCCUCCACAGGCGAGCAUGAGCUCUCUGCUGGGUUCUGACUCAGGCCCCUGGAGGCCGAUGCAGGACCCAGCAAGAGCGACCUGUGGGGCAUGCUGGCUGGGGAGGAGGCAGCUUGGUCUCCAGCAACUCUGUCACCUGAUGGGGAAUUCUAACCGCAUGGGGUUGAGGGAAUUCCAAGCUGCUCAGGACAAAAUCACUUCUGGCAUUUGAAUUUUCUCCAUGAACUUCUUUUUUGUGGAAAGGAGAUGAAUAAAUGAAAUGGGACAUCGCAGAAGACUGGACCAAAGGUUGGCAGAGAAGGGCUUAGUCCCAAACAGUUCAGACGUGUGAACCAGCCUCUGAGCAUCCAGCGCCUUCAACACCGGUAACCUCAGAAACUGAUUUCCAUAGCUGCCUCUGCUCUGAGCUGAGAGCCAAGCACGCGUCUGUGGCCUCCUCCACCCACUCCACCCAACCCCCAUGGGAGGGUUAGGCGCUUGGAAACCAUGAGGAACCUCCAGCUCCUGAUGGAAGAACUUGACACCUAGUGGGAAAUAGGAUUGGGAAACUGCUGUUGGCAGUGGAGCUAAGAAAGCCCUUGGGUAGAAUUUUUAUAGCUGCUGAACUGGAAGAAUUCAGGCAGUGGGCUAGACACAGACAAAAUGUGUAAGAUGCUGUACUUCUGUCUUUCUGAAUAUUUUUCAGAAUCUCUCUUCCCUGUCAGUUGAGCGGUGCAGCAGUAAUUUCUGACAGCUUGAUUGAGGAAAUGGUUACGAGACAGCAGGAGACAGGGCUGCUUUUCUUCCUCUGGACCUCCAUCCAGGCCUUGUAGUUUAUGGAUCAGAGUUCUGGCUGUCACCUUAGACCCAGCACCAGAACAGUGACCUGGUGUGCAAGUGGACAGGGUUUGAGGCUGGCAGUGAGGGCAACGUCUACCAGGAGGGGUGGGGACUCUGUCUGUGUAGAAAGUCGAGGAGCCCUUAACUCAAAAGAAAUUCAUUUACCCUAAAGGUCCUUAACACCUCAGCUCUCACCUGAAGUGAGACAUGUCUUUAUUCCCUUUUCCCUCAGUUGUACAUUUCUCUAAAAAAUAACGUUUCCAAUAACAUAAAUUGUUUACUAGGAAAGCUUAAAAAUACAAACAGAAAAAAGACAAACAAAUGUCAGAAUCAGUCAUAAUCCCCUAGCCAGAAACAGCACUGUCCAUUCUUUGGCAGAGCUUUUAGCUUUAUCUUCCCUCUGCACAUUUAUGUUUAUAAGCAAGAUGACCUUUGACUGUGGCUGCUCUUCCACUGCUGCUGUCUUUAAGCAGCAGCAGCCUGGGCUCACUUUCCCAGGCGAUAAAUCAUUUCUAAGCUUCAGC